CAAGGUGAAGAAAGGCAACAAGCAAGCAGACAGGGUCGUGGAAAGAGAAACUUGGAGAGAGAGAGAGUGUGUUAGGGUUUUUGGGGAGAGAAUUUUGGAAGAAAAUUGGAGAUGGAGACCCCCAUCUAUUAAUUUAUCCAACUAAAAAAAUCCCAAAUUCAUCAAUGUUCUUUGUUUUGUAGUUCACCAGUUCUGAGAGCAGAAGACAAGCAACCCCUUUCCACCCAAUGAUGAAUUAGGGUUCCAAUUAGAAAAACUCCUUUUCCCUUUUUUUUUUUUCUUUAAAGAGAGAGAGAGAAUUGAAUUGAAUAGCCAUGAGCGUUUGAUGUUCAUCUUCUCCAUUAUUGCAUGUUUCAAUGGCCGUGGUGAGUCCAGUUCCGGCAAUUUCACAGCAGCUUGAUCACGUACGGUUACAUGAAAUUGGGGUCUCUGCGGUGAUGUCAAGCACUGGAGAAAUUGUGGAGGAACCGCCGCUGGCUCUUGUGGUCGAAGAUAAGAUAUUUGUGGCAGUUGGCAAAGAAGUGAAGGAGAGUAAAUCGAUUCUGGUGUGGGCGUUACAGAACUCUGGAGGCAAAAGAAUUAGUAUAGUUCAUGUUCAUCAGCCGGCCCAGACGAUCCCUUUAAUGGGUGGGAAAUUUCCUGCCAGCAAACUGAAGGAGCAGGAGGUCAAAGCCUACCGAGAUCUUGAGAGGCAAGAUAUGCACAAGAUUCUAAAUGACUACCUUCUCAUUUGUAGGAAAGCAGGGGUGAGAGCGGAGAAACUGUAUAUCGAGUCAGAGAAUGUGGAGAAGGGUAUUUUGGAACUCAUUUCUGAACAUGGGAUCAAGAAACUGGUCGUGGGUGCAGCAGCGGAUAAGCACUACUCAAGGAGAAUGUUAGAGCUGAAGUCAAAGAAGGCAGCAUAUGUGCGGGAUAAGGCUCCUUUAUUCUGUCAUAUUUGGUUCGUAUGCAGGGGGCACCUCAUCUACACAAGGGAAGGUAGCAUGGAUGGGGCUGAUAUAGAGCUCAGAACACCUCCAUCACAGCAAGCGAGUCCAAACAAUGAAACAGGGCAAUCAAAUACCUUCAGAUCAAUGUCCGUAUCUCUGGGGCAGAAUCAUCGAUCAAAACUUGUCAAUCCAGGUCAAGACUUACCCAGAACAAUGUCAGUCCCCUUGAGAAUUACAGUGCUUUCUUCCCCCGAUGGUACUGGAGGGGUGUCAGCACCAUGGAGCAGGAUGGGUAGGGAAGGGAGUUCUGACUAUUGGGAUGGGAUAUCAAAGAGAAGUCCUUCUCAGGGUUCAGGUUUUUCUACGUGCUCCUCAGGUGACAUGGCUGGUGAGGUAAACGAAGAUGGAUUAGAGUCACAUGCGUCUCCUCUAGCCAAGCAGGCUCUUCACCAUUCAUCUCCUCCCAGUGUACUGGAAGAAAAUAUUUAUGAUCAACUUGAGCAAGCAAUGGUGGAAGCUGAAAAUUCCAGGCGGGAAGCUUUUCAAGAGUCUCUUAGGCGCAGCAAAGCUGAAAAAGAUGCUAUUGAGGCUAUUCGCAGGGCUAAAGAAGUGGAAAGAUCAUUUAGUGAGGAGUUGAAACUGCGGAGAGACAUUGAGGAGGCAUUACAAGCCCAAGGAAAAGAACUUGAAAGCCUGAGGAACAAGCAACAAGAAAUCAUGGAAGAACUGAAGAUUUCUUUGAAUCAUAAGUCGCUUCUGGAGAAUCAAAUUGCAGAUUCUGAGCAGGUGGUAAAGGAGUUGGAGGAGAAGAUUAUCGCUGCCGUGGAGCUGUUACAGAAUUACAAGAAAGAACGGGAUGAGUUGCAGAUUGAGCGCGACAAUGCAAUCAAAACAGCUGAGGAACUCAAGAAAAAGGGAGCAUCAACUUCACAUACGCCUCAGUACUUUGCUGAGUUCUCUUUUGCAGAAAUUGAGAAAGCAACUCAGAACUUUGACCCAUCAGUGAAAAUUGGGGAAGGGGGGUAUGGAAGCAUUUACAAAGGUUGCCUGCGCCAUACCCAAGUGGCAAUAAAGAUGCUGCAUUCUGAUAGCUUCCAAGGCCCAACAGAAUUUCAACAGGAGGUCGACAUUUUGAGUAAGUUGAGGCAUCCAAAUUUGGUAACUCUCAUAGGUGCUUGCCCAGAAGCCUGGGCACUCAUCUAUGAGUAUCUUCCAAAUGGAAGCCUGGAAGACCGACUCAACUGCAGGGACAACACUCCCCCACUGUCAUGGCAAGCUCGUAUUCGCAUUGCAGCAGAGCUAUGCUCCGUGCUCAUCUUCCUUCAUUCCAAUAAUCCUGACAGUAUAGUGCAUGGAGAUUUGAAGCCUAGCAAUAUUCUUCUGGAUGCCAACUUUGGGAGCAAGCUCAGCGACUUUGGAAUCUGUCGUGUGAUCUCUCAUGAUGGAAAUUCGAGCAACAGUGCAACCAUGUGUUGCAGAACUGGCCCAAAGGGAACUUUUGCCUAUAUGGAUCCUGAGUUCCUCUCUUCAGGGGAGCUCACUGUAAAGUCAGAUGUAUACUCAUUCGGAAUUAUAUUAUUACGGUUGUUAACAGGGAAACCAGCAAUUGGGAUCACAAAAGAAGUGCAACAUGCAUUAGAUCAGGGAAAUUUGAACACCCUGUUGGAUCCCUUGGCUGGGGACUGGCCCUUUGUGCAGGCUAAGCAGUUGGCUCUCAUGGCACUGAGGUGCUCUGAGAUGAACAGGAAGAGCAGGCCAGACCUUGUCUCAGAAGUAUGGAGGGUGCUUGAACCCAUGAAGGUUUCAUGUGGAGCUUCAUCAUCAUCAUUUCGGGUCGGUUCUGAAGAGCGUGGCCAGAUUCCACCCUACUUCAUUUGUCCCAUUUUCCAGGAAAUCAUGCAAGACCCUUGUGUGGCAGCUGAUGGGUUCACCUAUGAGGCCGAGGCUCUGCGAGGAUGGCUUGAUGGCGGCCACAGCACUUCACCCAUGACAAACCUGAAGCUUGGUCACCUGAAUCUUGCCAACCGGGCUCUUCGCUCUGCAAUUCAGGAGUGGUUGCAGCAGCCCUGAACAUUUAUAUAUAUCUACGUACACCAUUUUGUAUUCUUCAUAAUGUCUAUCCUCAACUUAUUUUUUUCUUUUCCUUUUUUCUCUUCUCGUCUUUCACCAUUUUGUUUCCUUAUGAGAUUCUGGAGUAUGUAUAAGGAUUAUAUUCUAAUUACAUUGUACAGAAAAGCAGCAUGUUCAUGUAUUUAUAUAAUUAUAUUUUUAUACUAA